CCGUGCCGUGCCCAGGGACCCACCCACAGGGGCAUGGGCUGGUCAGGGGACCCUGUGAAACCGGGGCGCAGGCAGCCCAGCGCGCCCCACGGACCAGGCGGGCUGAGUCCCCCCCCCCGCCCCCCAGCGCUUAACUGGGGCACAAGCAGUUAUUUCACUGACACACCAGCCCGCACUGCCUGGCCCCCAAACCGCGGCAGCUGCUGAGCCCGGAGAGAUCAGAGUCCCCCGCAGGGCGGGGACUGGGCCCGGGGCCACCCCCGUUCAGGGGGCAUCCGCUCCCCGUCCGGUGCCAUCCUCUCCUCUUCUUCUGGCUGCAGGGGCAGAGAUGGCGCUGGCCCGGCUCGGGAAGGUGUUUCCCAAAACCAGCAUCCUCUUCCUGUGCGACAUGCAGGAGAAGUUCCGGCCCAACAUCGCCCACUUCCCCCAGAUCGUGGCCGUGGCAGCGCGCAUGUUGCAGGUGGCGCGGCUGCUGGAGAUCCCGGUGGUGGUGACGGAGCAGUACCCCCAGGGGCUGGGCCCCACAGUCCCUGAGCUGGGGGCCGAGGGGCUGAAGAAGUUCCCCAAGACCUGCUUCAGCAUGCUGGUCCCGGAGGUGGAGCAGGAGCUGGGGGCACUGCCCCACCUGCGCUCUGUGCUCCUGUGUGGCAUUGAGACCCAGGCCUGCAUCAUGAGCACAGCGCUCGACGCCCUGGAGCGGGGACUGGAUGUUCACGUGGUGGCCGAUGCAUGCUCCUCCAGAAGCCAAGUGGACCGGCUGGCGGCCCUGUCCCGCCUGCGGCAGAGCGGUGCCUUCAUCACCACCAGCGAGGGGCUGAUCCUGCAACUGGUCAGAGAUGCUGCCGACCCCCGCUUCCGACAGAUCCAGAAGUUCAUUAAGGACCCGGCCCCGGACAGCGGCCUCCUCUCCCUGUUCCCGGGACAGAGCCCCGGCUUCAGCUAACCCUGUGGCCCCCAGACCCCGUGGCCAGGCCCCCGAGCACAUGGGAACAGGGCAGGGCUGGAAUAAACCCUUCAAUUCAGUGA